AUGGCCAGCUCCAAAUCAUUUCAAAACGCGUUCAAGACGAACCGCGGCAGCGCUUGCAGCAACAAGCAGGGGUCCCUCUGCGCCGCAAAGGCCAGCGUCGACGAGACGGCCGCGCUGACAGUAGCGGCCUCUCCCACGAAGUUCGACGCCCGCAGCAGCAGCGACACGGGCGGCUUCGUCCUCACGUCGCCCGUGGGCGACCAGGGCUCCUGCUACAGCUGCACGGCGUUCGCGGUGGCUGGCGCGGCGGAGGCCGCCGUCUCGGCGGCGCUCCGCAAGACGGCGGUCGGGCGCAACUGGAGCGUGCAGGACCUGCACUUUUGCCUCGCGACCAACUCCGGCGAGAGCAAGUCGUGCCGCUCGAGCGCGAGCAGCCUGAUAGACGUUUUGAAGCCGUUCACGGCGGCGACGCGCGCGCUGGUGCUCGACAAGUGCCUGCCCUAUGAGGCGCCGGACGCGCCGCUCGACCAAGACCUCUGCGAUUACAAGUGCAAGGACACAGACCCAGAUGCCGUCGGAAAAUUUGAGUACGUGCAGCUCAACUCGCCGUGGGAGGUGCAGGAGCACCUGAGGAACUGGGGAGGCGUGGUGACGCGUCUGGACAUAUACGACGACCUGAGGCCCUUCUUUGCGAAGAACCCGAAGGGCAGCUACAACGGCCCGGCUCCCAACGCGACCUUCAUUGAGGGCCACGCAGUCUUGCUCGUUGGCUACGACAACACCCGGAACGCCUACCUUAUCAAAAACAGCUGGGGCACUGAUUUCGGCGACGGCGGGUUUGCUUGGAUAUCAUACGCUGCGGGGGAGAAGGUCGGGAUCGGGGCGCGCGCCGACACCUACGGCCUGCGCUUCCGCCCCGCCAACCCGCCGCCGCUGCCGUUUGUCUACACGACAGCCGCGCUCACGGACUGCCUCAACCUAACAGUCCCCGACGGCAUGUGGCCCUCCACUGUCGCCCAACUGCUGCGCGUGCCUCUGAGGAAGCUUCUGAUUGACAACCUCGAGACCAUCACUGAUCUUGAGAAACCCCUCGACCCCAAGAAGCCCCUCAUCGCCUGCGGCGUACCUCAAGCCAUCGUAACCCGCCUGAUGCCUGUCGGCGGCAGGCCCGCCGCCGCCUCGGCGUCGCCGGCGGCGGGGCUGUCGCCGCCCGCGACGCCAGCACCCGCACCCAAGGGCGACGCUGCAGCGGCGGCGGCGGCAGAUGCGGCGGCUGGCGAAGAUUGCCAGGCGAACGAGCCGGAGCCGAUCCGCAACCUGCGGCUAGUCUCGGCCAGCACCGACGGAAACAUCAAACUGACCUGGGACCCGCCAUCUGGCCCAGAGUGCAUCAACUUCUACGACAUACAGGUCAUGGACAUCGCGAGCGGCAAGAUAACCAAAGCCAAGAUCACGGGGCUCAACCCCACAUCCAAGGUUGCGGGGUCUUUCACUUUCAAGGGGUCGCCCGGCCAGCAAUACCAGUUCACGGUGUCCGCUAUCAACGAGGCCGGCGGCUCGGCUGAGCGCAGCAUCACACUGGGCGGGGCCGCCGGCGCGCGGCGGCUGCGUCAGCACCGGCGGUCGCUGCUGGCCGCGCGCCAGCGCGCAUUUGGGUUCCGAAGGCGGCAGGGGCCGCUCGCCGCGGCCAAAUGA